GACUGCUGUCCGCUGUAGUUAAAGUUAAAGACUCGUCGGUCGGUCUGUCGGUUAGUCCUGUUUUUAGCCCAAUUAGGAUGGAAGUUUCAAAUUAAAAGGUAUUGCAGUCGUUCGCAGGUUCAUGUUUACGGAUAGACGAAAGACGAGGCACAUUUGAACGGAUCUACAGGUAAACGCUGGUAAAAUGCCGCUGCAUGGCAAGAUAGUGGUGAUCAAGAGGAGCGGAGGAGACGGGACUGAGUUUCCUCUCACUGCAUCGUGUCUGUUUGGAAGGAAGGCCGAAUGCGACAUUCGUAUUCAGCUUCCUCAGGUUUCCAAGGAGCACUGCAGAAUUGACUUGAAUGAAAAUAAAGAGAUAAUUUUGACCAAUCUGAGCUCAGCCAAUCCGACUCGUGUCAACGGCGAGGCUCUGACUCAGUCUGAGCGCUUGAAGCAUGGUGAUGUGAUAACUAUUGUCGAUCGUUCUUUCAGGUUUGAGUAUGCGCCUACACAAACACCGAAGAAGAGAACUUCUGGGGUCAAGUCUGAAACCCUUAAGGUUCUUCGAGAUCAGCGAGUGGCUCACAGUGUUGUUGCCGCUGACGCAGGAGAAAAGGGAAUCUCUGAAGUCUCGACAGACCCUCAUCUCAAAGAUGGAGCUAACUAUAACAACAUCCAGCGAUCCUUGGAGAAAACCUUGGAAUUGGAGUCCCAGGAAGAUGAGAAGAACUCGCCAUUUAGUGAUCUGUAUCAAAUGAUCAAAAAGUCGUUGGAUGUCAAGACUCCUCGCAAGUCUUCCGCAAGUGUGGUUCAGACACCGUCCUCGAAGUUUUGCACUCCAAGACCGGGUUCGGUUGUCAAGAAGAGUGAAAAAGGGGUCGUUCUCACACCCAAGAAGGAAGAAGAUCCCAAAUUUAAAACCCCGCAGUCUGUCAAGAAACGGGGGGAGACCUUCCAGGUUCCUUCUGUUGAGGGCCCUGGUCCCGGAGUGGAAGAAGCUGGAAAGUCUGAAGGUACUUCACAGCGGAGAAGAAUCUCAACCCCUCCGAAAUUCACCGCCUCAGAGGUUAUUGAGCAAAUAACUGCUUCAGCAUCUAAGUCGCCGGUCAGAAGGAGAAGCAAGGAAAGCACACCGGCUAAAUCUGGCAUGUCCAUGGAGCAAGAAGGACAAGCUGGAAAAUCUCCCAAAUUGGAAAGUCCACCAAAGAAAUCUCCUAAAAACUCAGGAUCUGCUGAAAAAGCAAAAAUGUCCAAAAAACGCAAAAGCGAGGAGCUUGGGAAAGACCUGCUGAUACCAAACCUGAAAAGGAAACGAGUUUCCUUCGGAGGCCACCUCAGCCCAGAGUUAUUUGACAAACGCCUGCCACCUGACUCUCCACUGCGCAAAGGGGCCAGUCCAAGGAGGAGCCUAUCUCUCUAUAAACCCAAACUGUCUCUUCUUAGAAGAGCAUCUGUCAUUGGGUUGCUGAAGGAGCAGAGGACAUCGUCACCUAAGUUCAAAAAGAGUGCUUCUCCCAAGACUCCAACAGGGAAGGCAUCACCAAAAUCAAGGUCCAUUUCCCCUGGUGAGAAGUCUCCCAGGUCCAAGUCGGCUUCACCUAAAGCCACCCCUGGGAACAAGUCUCCCAAGGCUGCAAGUCCAGCUCAGAAGACGCCUAAAUCCAGGUCCACUUCUCCCAAGGCUUCAAGUCCAGCUCAGAAGACGCCUAAAUCCAGGUCCACUUCUCCCAAGGCUGCAAGUCCAGCUCAGAAGACGCCUAAAUCCAGGUCCACUUCUCCCAAGGCUGCAAGUCCAGCUCAGAAGACGCCUAAAUCCAGGUCCACUUCUCCCAAGGCUGCAAGUCCAGCUCAGAAGACGCCUAAAUCCAGGUCCACUUCUCCCAAGGCUGCAAGUCCAGCUCAGAAGACGCCUAAAUCCAGGUCCACUUCUCCCAAGGCUGCAAGUCCAGCUCAGAAGACGCCUAAAUCCAGGUCCACUUCUCCCAAGGCUGCAAGUCCAGCUCAGAAGACGCCUAAAUCCAGGUCCACUUCUCCCAAGGCUGCAAGUCCAGCUCAGAAGACGCCUAAAUCCAGGUCCACUUCUCCCAAGGCCUUGACCAGCAUAACAUCAGUGAAAACACCCUUUAAUUCAGGCAUCCUCACCUCGUCUGUCCAAGGUCGCUUCUCUGUGUCACGUAUCAGGACCCCCUCUCCAACUACAGAAGUCACUCAACAGGCGCCUUUGCUUGCUGGUACCCCAAAGAUUCCUCUCAGGAGGAAGAGUAUGAAGAGUGCAUCACAGAGGACUCCAGGUGUUGCCAAGAGUGCAGUGAAAGUCUUACAGAGACGAAGUGGCAUUUCACGGGCAUCAAUGAAAGCUCUAAGUUCCUGGGCAAAUAUUGUAAAAUUUGGACAAACUAAGACUUCAGUUGUUGCUCCAACUGAAAAGAAGAUCAUUCAGAAACCCCUGAAGAAAGUUGUGUCCAAACCACAGACCCCUGCCAGGCAACUAAAAGGCUACACAAGCACUGGGCAUGCAGAUUCCCCUGCCACCAUCCUUGUUGGGAGAGCUCACAAAAAAACCAUUGUACAUCCAACCGGAGCUGCACCCAAAGUGGUCAUGAAUCCUGCAAUGUUCAAAAAGGAAAUGAAAAUGGAUGAAGAUUUAACAGGACUCUCUGAGAUGUUCAAAACUCCGGUAAAUGAGAAGAGAAGGUGUUUGGUCAGUGAGAGCAGUGCCAAAAAGACGCCAAUAGCAACUUCUUCUAUGGUGGAACCGUCAGUGCUGAACACCCCGGAGGAGCCAGAUGAAAUGAUGGUGUCUCCGCUGAGUGUAGCGUCUACAGUAAAGAGUCAAAGGUACAACAGUGAGGCAGUCCAGCGCCUUCUCAGUGGAGAUGAAGAAGCAAAUUUUGUCAGUGACACUCCUGCCUCGGAAGUUCGUUCAGAGUCUAAACGCUCAGAUUCAAAGGCGGGCUCUGUCAAAACUCCCAAACAGAAGCCAGAAUUACCCAUCUGUCUAACUGGAGUCAAGAGGAUCAUGAAAACACCGAGACAGAAGGCUAAGCCCAUUGAAGAUUUGAGAGGAAAACUCCUGAAAACUCCAAAACAGAAACCUGUGCAACAGGAAUGUCUCACUGGAAUCAAGAGGAUCAUGAAGACACCAAGACAGAAAGCCGAACCUUUAGAGGACAUCAGAGGAAAUCUUUUGGUAACUCCUAAACAGAAAACCGAACAACCAGAGUGUCUCACUGGGAUCAAACGCAUCUUUGCAACUCCGAAGCAGAAGGUGGAACCUCUAGAAGACCUUCAGGGAAAACUCUUGAAGACUCCAAAAGCCAGACAGAGCACUGACGUCAGCUUGGAUGGUGUUAAGGAUCUUCUCCAGACACCAAUCCACCAGUCCCAGAUGAAGGCUCUUACCACUGUUGAGAAAGUGAUGAAGACUCCCAAAGAGGAGACUGCUCCAGUUGUGGAUGUGGUUGGUAUGAAGAGGCUACCGAAAACUCCCAAACAGAGAGGUGAACCUGUAGAAGACAACUUUGGCAUCAAAAGGCUGAUGAAAUCCCCGAGACUGAGAGGAAAUCCUCCAGUAGAAGACUUUGAGGGACUUCAGGAGCUCAUGGAAGAACCAGUGACCUACCUGACAGAGCAGCCACCAGAUAAGCCAUCAGAUGCCAUGGAAGCGCAACCUCAAAGUGUCAAAGAAAGCAAUACAACCAGUGCUUCUCUUGACAGAAAAUCUGUUCGGGGUAGGAGGGCAAAAGCUGUGGAACCCAAACAAGAGGAAACAAAAGUACUGCCGGAACCUUCUCAAAAUGCCAUGGUGUCUGCACCAGCUAAGGGAAGAAGAGAAAAGAAACCUGAGACCAAAGCACCACCUGCUGUUAGUCGCACCACAAGAGGCAAGAAUGCAGAAGUCCCUGAAAGCAGAGAUGUUGAAGAAAGUCUCCCAGAGUCUCCAAAGGUUGCUCUGAAAAGACGAAGACCUAUCAAAAGAGUCCAAGAUGAGGCAAUAGAGCUAAAGCAGAAUCCUGCUGCUGAAGAGGCCGCGGCCCCAGAACCUGAGAUCGAUUCAGUGCUAGCCAAUGAUGUGCAUGAAGGUCCAGCACUUGUAGAGAAAGCAGUGCUGAAGCCCAAACGAGGAAGAAAACCCAAACAACCUGAAGAACUGGCACAGCAGGAGCAGAACCUUUCUAAAAAUGCAGAUAAAGACAAGAGUGUUAACUCACCAGAUGUUAAGUGUGUGAAGCUACCUGAAGAAGAGAAUGCAGAUACGGAAGUUGCAGAAACUAUCUUGACUCAGAAGAAAUCCACGAGAGGCAAAAGAGCUAAACCUGUGGAGGCUAAAGAAGCUGAGGAUAUACAGGAGACCUCAAAUAAGCCUGUUCUUCCUCCAGUCAGAGGAAGGAGAGGAAAAACCAUGGAAGCAACAGCAUCUCCUGUUAAACAGAACACAAGAACCAGAAAUGCUAGGUCUCAAAACACCGUUGAUCAGCCAGCUGUUGAAGCUGAGAUUGAUAGAGCAUUGACCCCUCAAGUAUCGGAGAAGUCCAAUGAAAAGACAACUGACCCUGUAAGUUCAGUACAAGUGACAACCAAACCACUCAGAGGGAGAAAAGCUAAAGAAGCAUCCACUGAACCCAAGAAAGAUGAAUGUCCUGCUGCAAAUUCUGAAACUCCUCAACCCAUUCCUUCUGUUGGUAAACCCAACAGAGGAAGAAAAGCUAAACCUGAUGUUGAGGAGCCAACUGAGGUGGCAGAAGACACCUGUCUCCCUGUGGAGACCAAACCUCCAACAAGGGCUAAAAGAGGAAGAAGUGCUCUACGGAAAGAGGACAAACAGAUUGAGGAUCACAAGGUGAAUUUGCAGGAGACCUCCGAACAUCAGGAGCCACCAAAGAAGUCUCGGAGAACAAGAAAGUCUGACCAAGAGCCUAUAAAAACCAAGGAAGACAUGACGGUCCCAGAAAAGGAACCUAGUGCUGAACAAAGUUCUGUUGCUGUAAAGCCCAGAAGAGGAGGACGGAAAGCUAAAGCAGAUGCUGUUAUAGAAACCCCUGUGAAGUCCUCAGUACUAAUGGCUGUCGCUACAGAGAAACCAAAACGAGGCAGAAAAGGAGAACAAAUCCUUCAGGAGACUGUUCCUGCUAAGAAUCCUGAACAUGAAGAGAUCUCUGUGCCAUCUCCUCGGGUCCAUAAAUCUAAUCAGGCAACACUGGUGAAAGGCAAGGUUUUACAAACCACUCCAGCUAAGAGAGGUCGCCGGGGUACAGCUCUUCCUCUGGGGGAACCCAAACAAGAACCUGCUCUAGAACCAGUCGUACCAGCAAAAAGAGGAAGACGGGAUGCGGCAAAGCCCAAAGCAGACGAUGAGGCCAGUGGUGAGGCAAAUCCCACCGAAAGCUUGAAGGCUGAUGCCCAAGACCCAAAGACGACCAAAAAGGCAGUCAAGUUCAAAAAGGACCUGGAAAUCCAUGAAAUUCCAAAAGCUAAGCCGAAGAAGGCUGUUCGAGGCAGGAAGACAAAAGUUUCAGACCAGGCUGACGCUACCGGUAAAGACGGAGCAAAGGAGGCCAGCAGCACUGAAGAGAAGACUCUCUCAGGUGACGUCGUUCAGCUUCCCAAGAGAGGACGGCGAGGAGCGAAGGUUGCAGAGGUGGUGGCAGAAGAUAUAGGAGCACAGCAAAAAAACCGACGGGGGAGAUCAGCAAAGAAAUGACUGUUUUGUAAAUACUUUACAUCUUAAUUACGGUUUCCCCAAAUGUUUUUAUAAUUCCAAAUUUUAGGUGUGAGGGCAUUGUCAGUUUUAUCGACUGAAAAUAAAGCACUGCCAAUUCUUCAGUAAUCCAUAUUUUAACCUUUUCAUAUUUUGUUGUAUGGUUCUACAAAUGCUACUGUGGAUGAGGAUGUAUUAAAAUUUUUUUACUACA